UUCCGGCCGCUCCCCAGUGAGGCUGCGCGCUGGCGCUGGCAUGCCGAAUGGCUGAGGCGCCUGGCGCUGCUGCUGCUGCUGCUGCUGCUCCUUCUUCCCGCGACGGCAGACGGGCAGCUCCGAGCCGGGCGGGGGAAAGCGGACCCACUCCCUGCUGCUGCUGCUGCUGCUGCUGCUGUCACCGGAGCCGCUCAGCGCCAUGGUCUCCUGGAUCAUCUCCAGGCUAGUGGUGCUUGUGUUUGGCACUCUUUAUCCUGCAUAUUACUCAUACAAAGCUGUAAAAUCAAAGGAUAUUAAAGAAUAUGUAAAAUGGAUGAUGUAUUGGAUCAUAUUUGCACUCUUCACAACAGCAGAGACAUUCACGGACAUUUUUCUUUGCUGGUUUCCAUUUUAUUACGAACUCAAAAUAGCUUUUGUAGCUUGGCUAUUGUCUCCUUACACAAAGGGCUCCAGCCUCCUGUAUAGGAAAUUUGUGCACCCUACACUGUCCUCGAAAGAAAAGGAAAUAGAUGACUGCCUAGUCCAAGCGAAAGAUCGAAGCUAUGAUGCCCUGGUGCAUUUUGGGAAGCGGGGGCUAAAUGUUGCAGCCACAGCUGCUGUGAUGGCAGCUUCCAAGAUCUCCCAGCUCCUUCAGUUUCUCUUGUAUUUGGACCUGAAAGAAGGGCAGGGCCAGGGCGCUCUGUCGGAGAGGCUCCGCAGCUUCAGCAUGCAAGAUCUCACCACAAUUAGGGGAGAGAGCAGCAGCAGCACUGUGAGUCCGCCACCUCCUGCCCCCUCAGUUUCAGCGCGGACAAGCAGCAAGCAGAGUCACCCCAAAACGUCCAAAAGUGCAUCAGAAAGUAUUGGACGCUCAGUGUGUGCAUGUUGUUCGGUUUGCCGCAUUGUCCAAGUGGUUGAACUAGAGGUUGAGGCAGAGAGUGAAAGGCCACCUGAGGCAAACUGUGAACCAACGGAAGUUGUGUUCUCAGAUGAUGAAGAGAACGACUCAUUGGAUGGCACAUCCAAGGCUAAAACACCUAAAAAGAAGGAUCCGGUCAUUGAGGCACCGCCUAGGAGCCUUAGACCUCGUUUCAGGAAAAAAAGUACCUCAUCCUCAACCACUGAAACCAUGUGAGCGUGAUGAGCCAUUAGCACCGAAAUCCACGGAAUGUCUCUCUUCUGCCUUAAAAGAUCUACUCCGUUAAUAAUGUAGGGGGAAAAACAGUGGUGAGAUGGAUGUGCUUUUGAUACUGCAACGUUAUAAACAUGGCCUUUCUCGCUUCCCUUUCCAUUUGCUGUGGGUUCCCUGACCGUUUCUGUGGCAUUGCAAACCCAGAAGGCAAAAGCAACCCCCCUGGAUUUCUUUGCAGAGUAGCAGCUCUUUCAGCUAUGCUAGUGAGGCUGUACAUUUGUAAUUACUCCUUACAUCAGUUUAGUUUUUAGCUCUGUGAGUGCAACCAGGAAAAUAAUUAUUCACCCGUUCUAAAUACUUGGAUCCAUCCUAUUUAUUUUGGGCUUCAUAAUGUAUAGAGUGGCAGGGGCCACAGAUUUUUCUACCCAAGCGUUCUCCAUCAUAUCUUUAUUACAAGACUGUGAAUGAUAUGACAAAUCAUGAAUUCUUUUCACUGUACAGGUGUUAGACAUGAGCUUAAUCGCCCUCCCCGCCCCCUGUAAAUUUUAUUUAUUGUAACUCAGAUACUGUGUGUACUCCUGAAAAAAUAAAGCCAGAGGAUUUUAGAGGAGGAGGAACUCACAGAUGUGUGCGCACACAUGCACACAUGUACGUAUUAUCACAAGAUAUGGGAGCAGAGGCACUUUGGUUUUGACGACAGUGAUUGGCUGAGGCUGACAUCCUAAGCAUAUUUACCCGGAUGAAAGUCAUGCUGAAAUCAGUCAGACUUUGUAAACAGAAUUAGGAUUGCAUUGUUAAGUAUAUUAUGCAUAAAAGAAACUAAUGUUGUAACUCUUGGCCAACUUAAUGAACAUGCCUACAGCAUGGAGUCAUAAUAAAUGCUAGGAGGUAAACCAGAAUCACAUUAGCAAAGUGUGGGUUGGCCUAUGUGAAAGUCAGCCAUGUCUACACAUGGGAUUUUAAUCCUAACAUUUUCCCACCAGGUAUGUAGGCAUUUCUUUCAGAGAAAGAUAGUGGAAGACUGUAACCAAACUCCCUCACGUAAUGCAAAGAUUUUGGCUGUAGUUAGCUUCUGGUAGAGUUCACAAUAGUCUGUAGAUCCCACGGUGCGUUUGUAAUUUUAGAGAGGUACAAAAUGAGGAAACAGUACUAGGAUUUGUGUAUUCGUGCUUCAGAUUGGUGUCUCUUGUAAGUGUUGAGCAUGUAAAAUCUAAUUCUGUAGACAAUUGUAUGUGUUAAUUAGAAUAUUUAAUAUUGUAGAAUAUAAAAGAUCUUGCCACUGAGAUCAGAUGGGUAGACUGCAAAUGAUACUACUGACCUCCUUCAUGUGUAGCAGGGAUUUAGGUGGCUGUGUUUCAGGUUCCAAGAUUAGCACUAUGAAAUGUCUGUUAAAUAUUUUUGUUUUGGGUUUAAGAAUCCAUAUCCUAGCCUCCCUUCAUGCUUCUUAAAUGUUAAUUUGGAACUUCUCAAAUUUUUUGAAAAGCCUUAAAAAAUCCAACCAUUGCAUAAGCAUGUAUCAGCAUGGUUACUGCCGUGCAAGAAAACAAAAACAGAUGUCUCCAACAGUUACCAUAUUUGGAUCCGAUGCCAUUUCAGUCAACAAAUGAAUAAUUUAGAUGGCAGCUAGAAAAUAUUCAGUUGUAGCAGAAAAGCUUGAUUUUGGGGGAGUUCAGCUAGCAUAUUUGUUGAGCAGUUUUUUGAAGUCUGUAUACAUUCACGCACAGAAUUCAAAGUUGUCUGCGACAUCAGCAAAAUGACAUUAUCUUGCAAGCAGAUAACUUUUGCCAAUAUAUACCGCUAUGUGUGACAGAAUAAAAUGAGAAAGUGGCAAUUUUGUAUUUAAUUAUGCCAAAAAGACACAUUUGUAAAUUUCUCCUCGCAUGCUCAUUCUACCUAAAGCGAACCGAUGUCUAUCUGACCAGCUGUUUUACUGACAAGUAUGACUGUUCUGGACUUCCUGUUGUUUAGUGCUAAGGUGAAACUCUCUGAAUUGCCUUAUCUCUCAAAUUAAAUUCACUGUAAGGGAAAAAAAAUCACUGGUAGUUGUGCUAAUCAAUCAGUUGAACUGUGUUAUCUGUGUAUAGAUCAGUGAGAAACAUGAAUGGCUAAAUAAGUGUAGCACUUAUGUUCCAUAUAUUUUUAAAAUCUGCAAUACAAUGGAAGCAGGUUGUUCACAGCCUUGGCUGAGACAUGUGCAUCAAAACAUAUCAGCUUCCAGCAUUUUGAACACUCAAGACUUGUACUCUUUACCAAUUUACUAGGGCUAUCCAUUUUAUUUUCAGUAGAAGGCUCCUAUAUAAUUUAAUUUCAUGUACACAUUGGGGAUUAAUACGCUGUACUGUCUUGCUUUGGUUCUCUAGUCUUACCUCCUCGGACCAAUACUGGGGGUCAGCUUUGCAUAGCCAACUUUAGCUUCCACAAUGCUCUGUUUCUGCCGGUUUUUGUUUUUGCAUUACAGAUGUAAAACCAUAGAACAGAGGCGGACUUUGGUACUCUUUGGUAACAGGGUGUCCUGCGAGAGCCCCAGAUUUGGUGCCC